AAGAACAAUGAUUUGAGUGAGCCGUUAGUUGAGUAUCAGAUGACAAGACAUGUUUUCGGCAACACUGCCUCUCCUGCUGUUGCUAAUUUCGGCUUGCGUAAGGCUGUAGAAAAUUCUGAUCAGGACGUGCAGAACUUAGUGGGUAAAGACUUCUAUGUUGACGAUGGUCUGUUGUCAUGUAGGACCCAGUCUGAGGCUAUUGACAUUGUGGAACGCACAAAACACGCUCUCCAAGAGAAUGGAGAAAUCAGACUUCAUAAGUUUGCUUCAAAUAGCAGGGAUGUGCUUAAUGCUUUUUGUCAGAAAGACCUGGCUAAGGAUCUCAAAGAUAUUGAUCUCCUGACAGAAACUCUCCCCACGCAAAGGAGCUUAGGACUUUUGUGGGAUACAGAAACUGAUUCGUUCACUUUCAAGGUUAACCAAGUGGAGAAAGUUUACACGCGUCGUGGCCUGUUAUCAACAAUCAAUAGUAUAUAUGAUCCUCUCGGAUUUGCUCAGCCGUUCACUAUUCGUGGAAAACUACUGCUUCGGGAAAUGAUGUCCGUCACCUCAAGCAAUGACUGGGAUGAUCCUCUACCUGAGUCACUCUAUGGCCAGUGGUGUUUGUGGGUUAAUUCUAUGCACAACCUUGAGAAUCUUAGCAUACCACGCGUCUACUGCGACAUCUCUUUUGAUGACGCUUUGAGAAGGGAAGUUCUUGUGUUUGCUGAUGCGUCGAAAGAUGCGAUAGCGGCUGUCGCAUACCUCAAACUUUACAAUCCUAGUAGAUUUAGCAUUGGCUUUCUGUUAGGAAAGGCUAAAUUAGCACCUACGCAUGGACAUACAGUUCCGCGAUUAGAGUUGUGCGCUGCGGUACUCGCUACAGAAAUUGCUGAGACCAUUCGGGUCCAACUCGAUAUUCCUCAGGAUAGCUUUCAGUUCUUUUCUGAUAGUCAAGUCGUACUUGGAUAUAUAUCAAACGAAAGUCGUAGAUUCUACGUAUAUGUGGGAAACAGAGUGAGCAAGAUUCGUCUGUUCAGCAAACCGACUCAGUGGAAUUUUGUUCCGUCGGAGUGUAACCCUGCAGAUGUAGCUACUAGAGGUCUAGACGCUUUGUUAUUGCCAGACUCUAGUUGGAUUCUUGGCCCCGAUAUCAAGCAUAGAACUUCCCCGGAUGGCUAUGAUUUAAUAGACCCGGAUCAUGACUUGGAAAUCCGUCCUGAAGUAAACUGUUCAAAAAUGGAGCAGUCGGAGGAUAUGAUAGAUGUUCCCGAGAAGAAAGUAAAACAGACAGAUUGUGGAAAGGUGCCAGAGGGAUUCUCUAAGAGAUUCACCAGAUUUUCAAACUGGAAAAGACUUGUGAGAGUUGUUGCCCGUAUAAAGUUCUUGGCAGCUCAUAUCCGGAAGGACAGAGAACGCUUACCUGAUCGAUUUGAUGAACCAGAAUUUCUGCAAGAAAGUGAGCGUGCCAUCAUUGCAGUAGCUCAACAAGAUGCAUUCAGUUCAGAGUUCCAACGUAUCCAUGCUGGAAAGGAAAUUCCUCAUUCAAGUUCUCUCAAAACUCUUACUCCAGUUAUUGGUACAGAUGGACUUUUACAUGUCGGAGGUCGCCUUAACAAGAUCGACAAUGAGAUUAUCGGCUCAGGAUUAAGGAACCCUGUUAUACUUCCCAAGAGCCAUCACGUGACGUUUCUGGUGGUUCGUCAUUUUCAUCAAAAAGUAGUUCACCAGGGUCGUAAGUUUACAGAAGGAGCUGUUCGCACAGGUGGAUAUUGGGUCGUGAGUUGCAGGAAAAUGGUUAACUUUAUUAUUCACAAUUGUGUUACCUGCAAGAAACUUCGUGGUCAGUUUGGUCAACAGUAUAUGGCAGAUCUUCCUACUGACAGAUGCACUCCUUCACCACCUUUUUCAUAUGUCGGUGUGGAUACGUUUGGACCUUGGCCUAUCUCAUUCCGGCGGACCAGAGGAGGAUCUGCAACGCAGAAACGAUGGGCUUUGUUGUUCACGUGUCUUGUGACAAGAGCCAUACAUAUAGAGGUGAUAGAACAACUUUCCAGCUCGUCUUUUAUUAACGCCUUACGACGGUUUAUUUCUGUGCGUGGACCGGUCAUCCAAUUUCGUUCCGACAGGGGCACGAAUUUUGUGGGAGCGACAGAAGAUCUGGCCAUUGACGCAAGAUUUGUUGAGAAUGAUCAUGUUGCUGACUUCUUAUCAGACGGCAAAAUCAAGUGGAUUUUCAACCCACCCUACUCGCCUCACAUGGGUGGCGCUUGGGAAAGGUUAAUUGGUGUCGCCAAGAACAUCUUGAACUCUAUGUUGCUUCAACAGCAAAGGAAAAGUCUCACACACGAGGUAUUGACCACUCUUAUGUCUGAAGUUUGUGCAAUUGUGAACAAUAGACCGUUAGUGGAUGUAUUCAGUGAUCCAGAGUCACCUGUUCUUCUUACGCCGUCUAUGCUGUUGACAAGUAAGACUAGUUGUGAUGUCAACCCGUUCCCUCCUUACAACACAAAGGAUGUGUUGCGCUCGACAUGGAAACACGUGCAAUCACUUGCAGAGGAAUUCUGGAGGAGAUGGAGGAAUGAGUAUCUUCACGGUUUACAAUUGCGAAAGAAGUGGCAAAAACACACCAAGAACCUUCAACCGGGAGACCUGGUCCUCUUAAAAGACGGGGAGCGCUCUCGAAAUGAAUGGCCGGUUGGAAUAGUUGAAAGAACAUUUCCAAGUAACGACUGUGCAGUACGAAAGGUUGAGAUUGCUGUUGUGAGAGACAAUAAACGUGUAUUGUAUGUCAGACCAGUUACCGAACUGGUAACACUUUUGGAAACAGAUGAGUGACGCGGACAUUUUCUUGUGUUGUAUCAUUUCCAAAGACUGUGAUUGAUGUCUGAAAUUGUUUCAUAGCGUUUAGAUUUGAUUAUUCAUUUAUGAAUACUGUAUUAUAUUUAGAAUAUUGUAGUUAAGAAAUUAUCUUAUGAUUGAAUUGUUGUAAAUGAUUUCUCUUGAAAUCAGAGGAGGAGUGUGAUGGUCUAAGUCCGGAAUCUGUUGUCCGGAAAUUAGAGUCCGCCUCUAUCCGCAUAUUAGUGUAUUAGUUACAAGUUCCCAUGUCUACAGUACCAUGUGGAAGCGUCGCUGUCACGCUAUUGUUUUCGGAUAUACUGGCCUCCCUAAGGAUUUUUUACCCUCUCUUGAGGUGUGUGAUGCAAAUAAAGGGAGUCUACAUCGACUUUAUUCGUCCUUUAUGAUUAUGAAGCAUGAUACAUCACAG